AUGGAUUUCUCACGACUAUAUCAGCUAGGACCGGACUUCCUGGCAUCGAAUACCUCCACAACUAGCCUUCCAUCCACCUUCUUGGAAAGCUUUGUUCCUGGGUAUGGUAUCAUUUCACAGAUCAUCCUGCGUCUAUUUGGUGUUGACAUAGGUCUUGUUGUGUCUGGCUUGGUUGUCAUUUUCUGUCUCUCGCAUACUGUCUCUUUCUGCAACUCAUACAUUCACUCAUAUUUCGAUCGCUAUUUCACAUCGUCGGUAUCCAUCGACGGUGAUGACGAGAUUUACCGAGAUGUCAUGAAAUGGGCCACACAACAGCGGAUGACGAGGAUCAGUAGAAACCUCAGAGCGCAGACAAAGUCGCGAGGUGCGCAGUACGACUCCGGAGAUGAUCCCGAUUACUCUGACGACAAGUCGGGCAAACAUGGCAUUUUCAACUAUGGGAAAUGGGUGAGCAAUGUGCCCCCGCGUUAUGAAACCAACUACGGGGUGGUCAGGUUUGUGCAUGGAGGCCGCACCUACUAUCUAACCAGAGAGAGAAAAGACAAGAAGAACGCCUGGUGGGGAGAGCAGUGGGCCGAGUUCAUGACUAUCCGGUGCAACGGCCGAAGCACAAAACCCAUCAAAGACCUCCUCCUUCACAUCAGACAAUGCACUCUGAAGGACGAAGACCAAACCACGAGCAUAUACCGACCCUCGCCCAAGAUAGAGAACAGCGGCGAUACCACGUGGAACAGACAAUCGAACCGCGCAUCUCGACCGAUGCGCACAGUGUCGCUGGGCCGCGAGCAAAAAAAGAUCAUCGUCAGCGACAUCAACGAAUACCUCCAGCCCAAGACCAGACGCUGGUACAACGCACGCGGCAUUCCGUAUCGAAGGGGCUACCUGUUCCACGGCCCUCCAGGAACAGGCAAGACCUCGCUCUCCUUCGCGCUCGCCGGCAUCUUCGGACUGCACAUCUACUGUAUCUCGCUUAGCGAAGUCGGCCUCAGCGAAGCAGACCUGAACAAGCUCUUCAACGAGCUCCCCCGUCGCUGCAUCGUGCUGCUCGAAGACAUCGACUCCGCAGGCCUACGUCGCGACGACGAGCCCGCGCCCGAACCCGCCUCGCCCACCGUCCCCGGCUCGAAAGCACCAACAGCAAGCGACCGCCCAGGCCCGCGCAAGAGCCUCAUCAGUCUCGCGGGCUUACUCAAUGUCAUCGACGGCGUCGCGUCACAUGAAGGCCGCGUGCUCAUCAUGACCACGAAUCGCCUUGAGACCCUCGACGACGCGCUCACGCGCCCGGGACGCGUGGAUAUCCGCAUUCCGUUCACGCUCGCGACGCGCACUCAGAUCAGGGACAUAUUCAGGCGCAUGUACGGGGCUGAUGUGUGCACAUCGCUCUCACAAAGCGACGUUGUGGACGCGAAUCCGAAGCCUUCGUCGAAGCCGGAACGCAGCGAUACGGAGAGCUUGAAUGAGGACGAGGAUGAGGGGGGUGCUGUUGAGGAUUUACUGUUCAAGAAGCCUGUCAGUCAGACCCUCGACAAGGCUGCUCUAAGACAAAUGGCCCAAGACUUCGCAGACAAAUUGCCAGAGGGCGUCUUCUCGCCCGCCGCCAUCCAGGGCUAUCUCCUCACACGAAAGCAAGAGCCGCAGAGAGCUCUGGACGAGGCGAGUACGUGGCUAGACGACCAGCUCACGGUCAUGCACGAGAGGAAGAGAUGA